AUGAUGCGCGCCAAGGGCAAAGCUACAUUCUUGGACGCCAUGAAGGAGACCACCUCCCCCGUCUCCCCCGCCGCCGCGGCCAAGGAGGCGCUCAAGGAGGACGAGUGGGAGGUGCGGCCCGGCGGGAUGCUGGUGCAGAAGCGCGACCCGGGCUCCGACGCGCCCGCGGGCGCCCCCGUGCCCACCAUCCGCCUCAAGGUCAAGUUCAACGCCGUCUCCCACGAGAUCUACAUCAGCUCCCAGGCCUCCUUCGGCGACGUGAAGAAGAUGAUGUCGGAGAAGACCGGCCUGCACCACGAGGACCAGAAGGUGCUCUACAAGGGCAAGGAGAUGGACUCCAAGGCCUUCCUCGACAUGUCCGGCGUCAAGGACCGCUCCAAGCUGGCGCUCCUCGAGGACCCCGACGCGCAGGCCAAGCGCCUCAUCGAGCAGCGCCGCGCCGACAAGGCGCACCGCGCCUCCAAGUCCGUCUCCCGCAUCAGCCUCGACGUCGACAAGCUCGCCACCAAGGUCCGUCGUCGAUCGAGUUGGGUGCUGAUCGAAUUUGGGUGGCGCUCUGCAGGUGUCGGCGCUGGAGGCCAUCGUGCGCAAGGGCGGGAAGGUGGUGGAGGCCGACGUGGUCGCCCUCACCGAGGCGCUCAUGACGGAGCUGGUCAAGCUGGACGCCAUCGCCGCCGACGGCGAGGUCAAGGCGCAGCGGCGAUUGCAGGUCAGCACGUACGCUCGGCCGAAUUAAGCUCCCCGCCGAUUCCGUUGACGAGCACAUUAAUUAGCCGCGGGGCGGGCGAGCUGAACGGAACUGAAUCUCUGGUGGUGCAGGAGAAGCGGGUGCAGAAGUACGUGGAGACGCUGGACGUCAUCCGCGCCAAGAACGCGGCGGCGCCCAAGGCCAACGGCACCGGCAAUGGCCAAGCCAAGGGCGACCGGUCGCUGCACCUGCCGCCGCGGCCGCCGCCCGUGUCGCAGCGGCGGCAGUUCAAGCAGCAGCCCGCGCCGGCGACCGGCAAGGCGGCGGCGGCGCCGCCCACGGCGAGCUGGGAGACGUUCGACCUGCUGUCGUCAAUGCCGUCGACGUCCUCGGCCACGGCGACCACCACCAUGGCGGCCGCGACGACCACGACGAAGCCGGCCAGCAACAACAACAGCACCUCGCCGAUCCCGCGGUUCGACUGGGAGCUCUUCUAG